GUUUUUGCAUAAUUCUUAUCAGCAUAGUUGUAGUAUUCAAGAAACGGUUUGUUUGCAAACAGCUACACUGUAGGUCACAAUUUGUAAGCCAUGGCAUCGCUCUGGCUAGCCAAGAGCGGAGGAAUAGUAGCUGUUCUUCUCAGCCUCUCCGUGUGUGCCAAUGGCCUAUCUUUUUACCUGACUCCUGGCGAAAAGCGUUGUCUGAAGGAAGAAGUACAUAAGCAACAGAUGGUUGUUGGACAGUAUUCGAUUUCGGACGGAGAGCCAGCCGUGUCUAUUCUGGCCACUGAUCAAGCUGGUCACACACUUUUCAGCAAGGAAAAUGCCAAACAGGGAAAGUUUGCCUUCACGGAAGAUGAGUUUGAGGUUGUUGACAUCUGCUUCAAGUCUCACACUAAUGCAGUCGCAAGUCAUAUCAAGACUUCCCGGGAAGUAAAGCUUACCCUGAAGCAUGGUGCGGAAGCCCGGAACUAUGACCAGAUUGCCAAAGCAGAAAAGUUAAAGCCACUUGAAUUGGAGCUCCGCCGACUGGAGGACUUGGCACAGGAAGUUGUCAAUGACUUCCAGUACAUGCGUGAACGUGAAAAGGAAAUGAGAGAUACCAAUGAGUCUACCAACUCCCGUGUGUUCUGGUUCAGCAUCUUCUCCAUUGGCUGCUUGGUCACGCUGGCCACGUGGCAGGUGUUUUAUCUGCGCGAUUAUUUCAAGAAACAGAAGCUGAUCUAGAUAACCACGUCUAACUUUUUUUUUCAAGUUCUGUGCUUGUUCUGUGGGUGGUGCAAAGACGCGCCAUGCUGCGUGUCUGAUAAGAUAACAAUGCUACGAUUCAUGUAUUCUUUCGGUUUUUUUAUAAAGCUUCCUCGCUACAAUGAUUUGUGUACAGUAUGUAUGUGAUUGGAGCAUUAUUCGGUCUGGCUGGACUGCGCAUUGUACAUAAUUGCUGAUGAUGACUAAACAGAGCGACAAUACUAAUUAUUAUUCGCUUGUAAGUCGGGCCCUUUUCCUGCUA